CUACUUGUUUGAAAAUAUUGGACUGCUACUAAGGAAGUGAUGGAGACCAAGAACAGUUCAGUAGUAACAGAAUUCAUCCUACUUGGCCUGACCCAGUCUCAAGAUACUCAACUCCUGGUCUUCGCACUGCUUUCAGUUUUCUACCUAAUAAUUCUUCCUGGAAAUGUUCUUAUCAUUUUCACCAUUAGAUCAGACCCUGGACUCACAGCCCCACUUUACUUCUUUCUGGGAAACUUGGCAUUCCUAGAUGCCUCCUACUCUUUCAUUGUAGCUCCUAGGAUGCUUGUGGAUUUCUUCUGUGAGAAAAAAAUCAUUUCUUACAAAGCCUGCAUCACUCAGCUAUUCUUUCUGCACUUUCUUGGAGCAGGAGAAAUGUUUCUACUUGUUGUGAUGGCCUUUGAUCGUUAUAUCGCUAUAUGCCGUCCUUUAUACUAUUCCACUCUCAUGAACCCUAGAGUCUGCUAUGCAUUAUUGCUGGCACUGUGGCUUGGGGGCUUUUCUCAUUCCAUUGUACAAGUGGCUCUUAUCCUGAACUUGCCCUUUUGUGGGCCAAACCAGCUGGAUAACUUUUUCUGUGAUAUUCCACAGGUUGUAAAGCUAGCCUGCACUGAUACCUUUGCUGUGGAGCUCCUGAUGGUUUCCAACAGUGGUCUACUUACCCUCUUAUGCUUCUUGGGACUUCUGGCCUCCUAUGCUGUCAUUCUCUACCACGUAAAAGGACAUUCUUCUGAAGGGAAGAACAAAGCCAUCUCUACAUGCACCACUCACAUUAUAAUUGUGUUUCUCAUGUUUGGGCCUGCCAUUUUUAUCUAUACCCGCCCCUUCAAAGUGCUCCAAGCUGACAAAGUUGUUUCUCUUUUCCACACGGUCAUCUUUCCUUUGAUGAAUCCUGUGAUCUAUACACUUCGCAACCAGGAAGUGAAAACUUCUAUGAAGAAGUUGUUAAGUCAGUAUGUGAUUUGCUGAGUGGAUAAAAGAAAGAAAAAACAGAGAGAGAGAAUAGUUUAAAUUAAUUAAACUAUGUAAUUACUCAUGCAUUGAAUCAGUUCUUUAGCAGACACUGUGUUAUCUACUUCCAGUUUUCUGAUUGUAUUCUAAUCACGUGGAUGAGACAGGUACAAUUCUAUGUCUUCCAGGGUUAUAUUCAAGUGAAUGAAGCCAAGCCAAACUUUCGAACUAGAAAAAAUUCACUAAAAUCAGUGCUCUGCUAUUUUUAGACCUUAGCUUUGGAGUAAGAUUCUUGAGAGGAAUUUAAAUGAAAUCAAGAGCAUUUAGGAGAAACAAAUAACAAUUAUGAAACAAGCAUCAUAAAAAGCACAGGAACUCAAAGAUUUGAAGAUUUGGGCACAACUGAAAAACAUAAAUGUAACAGAAUAGUUAAAAUAUAGUUAAGAUAUAUAGAAGCAGCAGAAUGUAACCUAAAGAUUUUAGAUCAUUUUUAGAUAGCUUUAAUUAUUGAAAUCUUAAAAUGAUACAAUUAAAAUAUAUAAAGAUUAUCCAGUAUUGUCUAUUUCAUUUAAGACAAAUACUGAAAAUUCUGAAUAAAAAUAUAUAUGAUUAAUAAAAUAAAAUUAAAUGGAACGUAA